AUACAGAAAUAACACAUCUUCCGCCCUGCAAUCACUCUAGCUUUCUAUUACAACAACACUGAUUGAUCGAUCCCCUCUCGCGUCUCCUAUUUAAACACACACUCUCACUUUACAACAGUAUUGGUCAAGCUUUAAAUGUAAUAGUCUCUCAUCACACAAACCACCCACUUGUUAUUUACAGACCAGACCUCUCAUUAACACACUCCUACUUGUAUCUACACACUCCAUCAUUUAUUGUUUUUCAUAUCUCCCAACUUCUUCCGCUUUUAAUGCCCGCUCAACUCUCUCGUCUCGCCAUUUCUCUUCAGUCCUGCCAUGGAGAUCGCCGUGGUUGUAAUCACAGUUUUCACGGCCUUUUUCUCUGCUCAUGCACAGAAUUCUACCUGUAAACGCUACUGCGGUGAUGAUAAUAGUAGAAUUACUGUUCAGUAUCCGUUUGGCUUUUCGGAUGAAUGUGAGAUUCCGCUCAAGUGUGAUGAGGUUAAAAAACGGAUGCUCAUCGGAGAUUUUGAAGUUAAGAAAGUCACGACUGAGAGUAUAGUUCUUCGUUUUCCGGCGAAUUGUAGCCGGAGUAUUGAGGAGAGUGCACAAUUGAUCAGCCGGAAUUACGCUCCGACGAACCGAAGCAAUUUUCUGAUCAGAAACUGUAAACGGCCGGUGAACAGGUGUUUGAUACAGGCGGAGUCGUUUGAGAAUCGUUUGUCUGUAAAAAGUUGCGAGUCGAAAGCUAGUGAUGAUGUUAGUUGUUAUACAGGAAAGAAUAUGAGUGUUGUUGAUGAGUUGAAUGGGAGCGAUUGUUCGGUUUUGUUCACAUCAAUUUUGAUUAAUUCGCCUGAAAAUAAUAGUGCGGAGUCAGUUGUACUGGCUUUGGAGUUCGAGGUAGUCGAGCUGGAGUGGUGGCUGGAAGGGCCGUGUAAGUGCGCUGUGAAUGCUAAUUGUGCUCAAUUGUUGGUUGCUGGUGGAAAGAGGCGGUUCCGGUGUCAAUGCAAUGCAGGGUUUGAAGGGGAUGGCUUCCGUGAGGGAGAGGGUUGUCGGAAAGUUGUCUCAGUUUCUGACUGCAAUGCUUCAAGAUACAUAUCUGGUAGAUGUGGUGGAACUAAGAGGGCUGGAAUUUUAGCUGCAGUUGCUGCUGCUGGAGCUUGUUUAAUUGCUGCUCUGGCUUUUAUCUGUUACUGUGUGCGAAGACGCUCAACUUCUCGGAAAUACAAAAUAAGUGCAAACCGCCUUCUUAGUGAAGCACGCAGCUCUACUGUUCCCCUAUUUUCCUACAAGGAUAUUGAGAGAGCUACAAAUGGAUUUUCUGAGAAACAAAGACUAGGCACUGGGGCAUAUGGUACAGUUUAUGCUGGAAAGCUCCAUAAUGAUGAGUGGGUAGCCAUUAAGAAACUAAGACAUCAAGAUACCGAUGGCAUUGAACAGAUCAUGAAUGAGAUAAAGCUCCUGUCCUCUGUGAGCCAUCAGAAUCUAGUUCGUCUUUUAGGUUGCUGUAUUGAGAAUGGUGAACAGAUUCUUGUAUAUGAAUUCAUGCCAAAUGGAACUUUGGCUCAGCAUCUACAAAGAGAAAGGGGCCAUGUCCUUCCAUGGACAGUACGCCUCACCAUUGCAACUGAGACAGCACUCGCAAUUGCUCAUCUCCACACAGCCACACAUCCCCCUAUAUACCACAGAGACAUCAAAUCUAGUAAUAUACUGUUAGAUGUAAACUUUAACUCAAAGGUAGCAGAUUUUGGUCUUUCCAGACUGGGCAUGACAGAUAAUUCUCACGUUUCAACAGCUCCUCAAGGGACACCUGGCUAUGUUGAUCCUCAGUACCAUCAAAACUUCCAUCUUUCUGAUAAAAGCGAUGUUUACAGCUUUGGGGUGGUUCUUGUAGAAAUUGUGACUGCUUUGAAAGUUGUUGAUUUCUCUCGAUCUGCGACCGAUAUUAAUUUAGCUGCACUAGCUAUUGACAGGAUCGGAAAGGGCCGUGUAGAUGAAAUAAUAGACCCUUUACUAGAGCCAAAUAGAGAUGCCUGGACACUUUCAUCCAUUCACAAGGUUGCUGAGUUGGCUUUUAGAUGUCUUGCUUUUCAUAGGGACAUGAGACCCUCUAUGGUGGAAGUUGCACAAGAGUUAGAGCAGAUCAGACUUGGUGCUUGGGCUCCGUUGGACGAGAAUAUGGGCAUGGCUUCAUCAGUAGCAUCCUCCUGUUCAUCUCCUUUCGAUGGAAGUGAGAAGUCAUUAGGUGGUGCGACAGUAAAGAAACUAGGUGUUGGAAGUAGAAGGGUAGUUGUCCCCCACAGGCCUUUAGAUUGCCUCACUCCGAUGAAAGAGGUGAGUGAUAGCUCCCCAAUAUCUGUGCGGGAUCCUUGGUCAAGUGAACAGAGCUCGCCUUCAACCAAUAGCUUGCUGCGUAAUAUUGUUCGGUGAUGGUAUAUGGUUAGUUGUGAAUAUUAUAGAUAUCAAUUACGAUUGUCAGUUACCUGUUUGCAACAGAUUUGACAGUGAAUAUUAUUUCAAGUGAUGCUGUUUCUUAUUCUUUUUGCUAGUAUGGAGAGAAGACAUUUCCAUCACAAAAUGGGGAUGUUAUCUCUGUAUAAGAGAGUUGAUUUCCUACUGAUAUAUUGUUUACUUCCCCUGGGAAUCUUUACUA